AUGAAGCUCCCGAUACAUUCGAUUAUACUGGCGACCAUACCCCUGGUUUGCUGGGCUUCCCCCGGCAAAAAGGACGCCCCCGUCGACGCCAAGGUGCUCUACGAUCAACGCCAGGAAGGGGAAUGGAACGUCCGCGCCCACCUCGACAACUUCAUCAUAAUGGUAAUCCCCUCUCAAGCCGCCGGCCCGACUUCAUCCCCAAGUCUCCUCGAUUUCCUCACCAAAUCCUUCCCUAAAGCGUCCCUCUUGAAGCGCUCGAAGUUCUCCAAGAAACCCCGUCCGCAGGAGGCCAUUCCGGAGGAAACCCUCCAGUUCAUCGAGUCCAAGACGGCGCCCUACCACGUGGAUCUCUCCAAGACCCCGCUGCCCCUUCCCUACUCGACGGUGGCCCUCCAAGCGGAUUUAGCGAAGGCCAAAGAGGACGCCUCGCCGGGGACGCCCCCGAAAACCGAUCUAAUCAGGAGUAGAAGAUCCACGAGGUUCUACUCGCCGGUGGAGGAGUCCAAAUCGAAGACUGCUGCGAGAAAACACAAGAAAACCGUGAAGGAAACGGGCGGGAAAAGCUUCGAUUUUAGACCGAUGGGGUGGCAGGAGGGUAGGGCUUGCGCCCCCGGGGAGCUGCGAGACUCCUACGGGGUUUGCACGAGUUUGAAGUAUUGA